AUGGACACUAUACGCCUAAUCUUGUUUCUUCUUGCCGCGUUGUCCCCACAAGCCCUCGCGGAUGUGGAUUUCUUGAAUCCAACACUCGGCGCUACUCUACGAGUUGGGGACGUUCUCACGGCCCAGUGGAGGGAAUCGGGCAGGCUUCCCCAGAUCUCCGAACUCAUAAAAUACGACCUCUAUCUCUGCGCCGACGGGGACUCAGCGGGAACUUAUGUGGGGCUCGUGUCUAUGCUCUCAUCUGUCCCUCGGGAAAAUGUAGCUUUGCUAGCGAAGGAUGCUGUCUUUGCGAGGGGUAACUCGAUUUCUUUCAAGCUCAAUCCAAGAAAAGAGGACAAUCAUGCAAGAACAUUCUUCCUGAAAAUGGUCUCUUGGGGGCCAAAUGCCUCUGUUAUAAAUUUCUCUGGGCGAUUUUCGAUAGUUGACAUGACCGGCCCUAUGUCAACGUCUAUUUGGCAGAGCUUACCUUCCACUAAUGGCAGCUCCCCACUUCCGAAUGGUGGACCUUUCCAACAUGAAGAGCUGCGAAAGAGGCAAGUGGAAGAUGCCUUCACAGUUCCAUAUCAACUGCAGACUGGGCCAACCAGAUAUGCACCGAUGGCAAAAAAGCCAGCAACUACAAUUCCAGCUAAAUCACCGAUCCCUCAGUUCCCGGCUAGCGCAUAUACCAUAGCCACAACCUAUCUUCCUCCGGCAACUGUUCAGAUCACCCUUUCCGCUUCUGUGACAUACUCUGUGGCUAGUUUCGAGAAUACUGCUUCUCCUGCGCCGCAUUUGCACGACGCACAGAUGAAGCGAUUCUUAGAAAGAUGGAAAGAUUAGGUUUGACGCCUCAUGGCCCAGUACCAUCUCAAUACACGUUAACACCUCGCCGCAUCCCUCGAUGGGUGGAAAUGAUAUAUGUGUCUUGUUCUAAGAACAUUGCUCGACCGCAUCGCACUGGAAGGUAUGGUGUCGUGUUCGGGCUGGUCGACUUGCAAGCAUACAUUCUCUUUCAUUGCAGUGCCCACUUUGUCAGCAAAGAUCAAAUGAGUUAUGGUGUGAAACAAUAUGAGCUAUGAUGAGGAGCCGAGAAAUGUAAUUAAGGAGUGGGUAGAUGUAUCCUGUGCACACCCCUAGCCCCAAACAGUAUCGCCCUUUGAAAUCAU